GGUGUGAAGGAGGAUGUCUGCGAAACGAAUAGAGAGCGCUUUGUAGCCCACCGCACCCACUAGAAAAGCGUUGCUGAAUGAUUUCUGCACACAUCGCCGCUUGCUUUACCUAGACAGUUAUUUGGGGAAUCGGCAAAUUGGCACGGACCGUUCGAUGGAAAAAGAGAGAAGAUGAUACGUUGAAGAGGGUAGACAUGGAAACCCGACGCUGAGUUUCUUGAAUUGUGACCAUACGACACCAUGGCCAAACAGUACGAUGUGCUGUUUAGACUCUUGCUUCUCGGAGACUCCGGUGUCGGAAAAACCUGUUUAUUGUGCAGAUUCACGGACAAUGAAUUUCAUCCCUCUCACAUUUCCACCAUCGGCGUCGAUUUCAAAAUGAAGACCUUAGAGAUUGACGGCAUUAAAGUACGAAUACAGAUAUGGGACACAGCAGGUCAGGAGAGAUAUCAGACAAUUACAAAGCAGUACUACAGAAGAGCACAGGGCAUCUUUCUGGUGUAUGACAUCACAAGUGAACGUUCAUUUCAGCACAUCAUGAAGUGGGCCAGCGAUGUAGAUGAGUAUGCCCCUGAGAAGGUGCAGAAGAUACUUGUUGGGAACAAGUCUGAUGAAGAACAGAAGAGACAAGUAGCUACAGAGCAGGGAAAUAAGCUUGCCAAGGCUUAUGGGAUGAAUUUCUUUGAGACAAGUGCCUUUACCAAUAACAACAUUACAGAGUCUUUUACCCGAUUGGCUGAAUUAGUCUUACAAGCCAAUAAGAAGGAUCUUGAUUUGUUGGGAAGCUCCAUGAAUGACGAGUUCAAUCUGGAUGUUUUGGAGGAGCAGGAAGGAUUGUGUAAAUCUAGCGACAACACCCAUAAAUCCUGCUGGUGCUGAGGACAGGAAGUGACAUGACCACCCUUUAAGUUGAUUCCCAUAUUUAUGUUACACUGUACGUGGAAUAUCCUUUUACAUAAGAGAAAGUUAUUAUUAAACAGUGUUUUGUGCCUUUAAUAUAGGCUUAUCUCCUGUUCAUUUCUUAUUAAUUGUAAUUUAUUUUAUAAAUGGAAUACUUCUUUUAAAUCAGGAAGUAAUUUCAAACAUUUUUCAGUUUUCUCAGUUAGAAAAAGGGGGCACUACAAUGCAAAUGUACAUGUUUAGAUAUACUAUCAGAUAAAUAUCAUUUAUAGUAUCUUCAGCCCACAGUAGAGACAGUCCUAUGUUUAUUUGCCAGAUAUAGAGCAUAUAACAUGUAUUAUUCCUUAGUGUGUUAUGUUAUGGGGCUUAAUGUAACUGUAUAAGAUUUCACUGGCUUUCUAUAUGCAUUUCUGAAUACUGGGGUUGAUAUGAAUGCACUUACAUGACCUUCAUAGAAUUGUCUUUUAAGGGAAUAAAUCUAUUCUUGGGUGAAGAACACUUUUCACAUUACUGUAACAAAAGGGAAUGCUUUUUUCUGUAAAUGCACUGUAUAAAUGUCACUUAACAUGCUGCUUACAAGUUCUGGUGCACUGUGAUUGUGAGUGAAUGCAAGGGGUUUUAUCUCAUUAGAUGCAAGUUGGAAUUAUUUUAGUUUAGCAUUCAUUAUAGUAACACACACUUAUAGCUAAGAAUAAGAUUUAUUCCCCACUUUGAUCCGCAAUUUCCAAUCCCAAAUUAAUUUAAAUGUAUGCAGAUUGAACUGCUGUGAUUCCUAGUAUUGACCACUUAGGCCAGUGUGCAUUAAUGCAAUGAUAUUUGGGUUGUUGCAAAUCAUUCAGUGUUUAUUAUACUAAUGCAGCAUUUAUACAUGUGCUGGUAUUGUACUAUGUUGAACUUUUGAAUAAUGCUGAUAUGUUUACCUGUGUUAUUUAAAAACCUGUCUCAUGAAAUAUGUCAACAAAAAAGUAGAUGCAUUGACAGUUGCAUGCCUAUUCUGUCCGUGUGCAACACCUUAGUUACCACUAGGAGGCAGUUGUGCAAAGCUUAAAUUCAUGCAAUGACGAGAUGACAUCUAGUCAUGUAGAUUUACAUGAUGAAACAGAUUUGAAGAAUGUCUCUGUUUUCAAUGCUCCGAACUGGGACAUUAUCCUUUAGUUUUUAAACAUGUUAGUAAAGCAUUUUAAUAGUGCAGUCAGAUCUGACAUAUUGACAUUUGCUCAGUUAUUUCAAAGUUGUGUGUUGUGUUACUCUGAGCAAGCGUUUAUAACUUGAAGGCAUUUAUUAUUAAGGAGUGUCAUUUCAAAAUGAUACAAACACACAUCAUCCAACUCAGAAACAUACAUUUUGCAUGUACAUAUUGUUGCUAAGCAGUGAGCUCUCACUCAAGGCCACAUGCCACUGCAGACAGUCUGGAAAGAGAGAGCACUGAUUUGAUAAGCAAAUUUCAUACCACGUGAUCUUGUUUGCAGCUAAUUUGUAAGCGAGUCAUACACAUAGAUUGAGCCAAGAUUACAUUGCAAGAUAAUUGACAAAUAAAAGGUUAAAGAUGAACAUUUUCUUAUGUUGCUAUCUAGCCUCAUACCUACACUGUAGAAAGUCUUGUUGUUUCAACUUAAAAAAGUGCCUUGAAUUUAAGUUGUGUCAACCUAAGAUAAGAGUUGUUUAAAUAGAACACAACAUUGACUUAAAUCAAUAUAAUUUGUUAAAUGUUUUUAUUGUCUUGCGUAAACUUGACUUUCCUAGUUUAAUCAACUUAAUUCUAUUACAAUUCACACUGAAAAAAUAAAUGUAAUUACUUACAUUCUCAUUUAAUAUUAUUGAUAAAUAUAGAGGUAGUUUGGGCUAUCCCAUUGUGAGAGAAAAUAAACUGCCAUUUGAUGGUAAAUAGCAAGUUAAUCCCUCUGUCAUAUUCAGUUUUAAGCUUUUUAAGGAGACAUGCAUAGAUGGUGACAUUCAUCAAACACAUCUUUAAGCAAAAAGAUGAGCUUUGAAUUAUUGCUACAUGGCAAAUGACUAACAACAAACACAACAAUCAAGAGCAUAAAUAAAAGCAGCAAACAGUAAUAAAAAAAAGACAGUAACACUGCAAUCUGCAUAAUUUAUUCAUGCCGCAGUUCAUGUGGAAAUCUGAAUAUGUGAGCAUGAUGUGCAUAGUUUUUCUUGACUCAGCAUAUUUGUUAAGUUCAAAAACACAAGUUCAGGCAACAAAAACUUGGAUUCUUGAGUUAUCUCAACUAGAUCAAUCCAGUGCAGUUAUUGUAACUCUACAUUUUAAAAGAUGAAAACUAAAAGUAAAAAAAAAAAAUAUUUUUUUACAGUGUAAGUACUUGCAACACUGACUAUAAAUAGAUUAUUUGUUUACCCCCAUCUACAUAACUGUGUAAUUUGGGGGGCAUUUAAACAUUUGUUUUAAGUUUAAAUUAUUACAUUUGUAAGAAAGAAAAGAAAAAGUCUUAUAUACAAAUUUGAAAAAUAUAACUGUUUAUGAUAUUGGCUGAUGGUCAGAUGGUGUUUUGUCUAUAAUUGUGACUUAGAUGAAGAUCAGACCACAUUUUAUGAGUACUCAAUGCAGAAAUCCAGUUCAAACGGGUUCACAAACUUUUUCUUGCAACUGUAUGUAGUCUAAAAACUGUUCUGUUAAAGACUUCGUGGGGAGUAAAAUAAUGAAUUUUAGGAAAGAUAAUUACAUUUUUCAAGGUUCUGUGUUGGAAAAAACAAAUAAGGUACUAAAUGAUCUCUAAAGCUUCCAUUUUCCAUAUUGCACUUUCUUAAUGUCUUAAAAGUAUUGUGCAAUCACAUUUCUAAAGAGACACAAUCUUGCAUAGGUUGAUAGUGUCUAAAAGCCCAUUUAUUAUGUUACCACACUACAUCAAACUGCAGAGUAUCACUGUCAAUCAAAAUGAUGUGAAACAUUACUAAUACAA